AUCAGGUUCGCUAUAUGAAGACUGCACACUGAGCUUGUCGGGCGCUUUUGCUCGCGAAGUGUUCGGUACCGUGGAAGGGGAUUUCGCGUUCCGAAUCCCGAAAGAAUUCCACUCUGAAUGAGGGACACCAUCAAAGCCAGUCGAGCCGCUAAAUCUCAUUUUUUUUUCGUCUUUUCCUUUUAUAUUUUUUAUACUUUUAUAAAUUGUUACCGAUUUUAAAGUUGUAUUUCAUGGACUAUUUAUAUCUUCGCAGAGAACUUUAAGCAGUUUUUAAUGACUGAUGUAUAAUAUUUAAACGGAAACUUCCAGUGAAAAUUUUAAGAUAUUACCCGAAAAACUAUGCAAAGAUUCCUUUCUGCAAUACAUCCACUUCAGUAGUUCGUACUUUUUCAAUGUGUGAGUUGUUUUCUAGCUUUACUAAUCUUAAUUUGGAAAACUACCUUCAGGACAGUUAUUUUAAACAAUCAUACAAAAGCAACUGACUCAGCGCAGCAAUUGACGCAACUCCAUUUACAAUUAACAUUUCUGGAAGCAACUUUGUUGCUUUGCCGUCAGAAAUUCAAAUCUGGAGUUUUUCAAAUCUUGGAGCAACGUUGUCCAACACAUCAUGCACGUAGAAAUCCAAGUUGCACUUAACUUCUUCAUCUCCUUCCUGUACAACAAACUGCCGAGACGUCGCGUCAACCAGUUCGGUGAAGAGCUUGAGAAGGCCCUUAAACACAAAUUUGAAGGCCACUGGUAUCCAGAAAAGCCUUUUAAAGGUUCAGCCUUCCGAUGUCUCAAGACUGCUCUGCCCUUAGACCCAGUGUUUGAAAUCGCUGCACAAGAAAGCGGAAUGGCAAUGACAGACAUCCAAGAAAAUUUGCCAGAAGAGCUCAGCAUAUGGAUAGAUCCAGGAGAGGUUUCAUACAGGUUAGGAGAGAAAGGUGUCGUAAAAAUCCUCUACUCCGAGUCGGAGAGUUCCGAAGAUCGUGCUGACCGAGAGAUCUAUCGGACGUUUAAUCCGGAAGCCCAGUGUUUCAAACCCAUUGAUUCUGUAGCUUCCCAGUUAGGGUCGAUGUCACUUUCAUCUGGCUCUUCCUCUUCCAGUAGUCCCUUUGGUAACUCACCUUCACCCACUUACAAAUCAUCAUCCAGUCCUGUCAACGGCUUCUUGCCAAAGGUAACUACUCCGAUCACCUUCACCACCGCUACUUUCGCUCAGACUAAAUUUGGCUCCACGAAGUUAAAAAGUAACGGCAAAAGAUCGCAUCGCAUGUCACCUACAGAGUUCAGCAGUUACAUAAAACAACGUGCCAUCAUUCAGCAGCAGCAACAGACACAGAUUCCACCGAUGUUCGCUUCGGUCACUCAGCAGCAGAGGCCCCGAUCACUCUCACCGACACCACCUAGCAGCGGAGGGCCCCAACAGAUGGAUACCAACAGCUUCUUGCUGCUGGCGUCAGCUGCCAACCUCCACCAAGCUCAUCCUUAUCCACCGACGCCCCAGUCGCAUUUCUCUCCUAACCAGAGGCCAGGGCUCUACGAAGGGAGCUACAUCAACGACCUUUUUUCGAACGCGUCCGGGUCUAAUGGACUUGGACAGCAACAGCAGCAACACAGUAGCGGUCUGUUAACGCCCAACGGCAGUUCCACUUCGUCGAAAGCAACCAACUCCCAGAGAUUGGGACAAAGUGUCAACAAUGCAAAUGCUUUGUCGCUGUUCCUCGACAAAAGUCCAUUCAACGGAAAUGCUACGACGAAUGGCGUCUCCAACGGUAGUGUCAGCUUUAAGAAUACGCCGACAUCCGAAAAUGGCAAUAAGGGCUUUGGCAUCGACAAUUUCAAUGUCGGUGGUAUGUCCUAUCCUAAUCAGCACCUUUUGAUGGCCAACUGAAGAUUUGGAUUCCACUGGAACGGAACGAUUUGCGAAUUUAUAUUCUGAGCAGUCAAUAUAUAUGCGUAUAAAAUAUGGAAUCAGGUUUUUUUUUCUCACCUUUCUCUUUUCACCACGUCUUUUUUCGUUCAUUAGCAAAAAAGUCUCUUGUAUACAGUUUUACAAAACUAACAGAAAGAUUACCUUCUUUUAUUUUACAAAAAAAUCACCUAACUCCAGUAUGGAUCAUAAUUCUGUUGAAUAUUAUUAGACAUGUCUUUUCAAAACUACUUAAAUACUUAAUUGGUAGAUUUACCAUAAUAAUGAGAGCUAAGAAGUUUAAGAUAUAUAAAAUCAAAACCUGUUCCUAUUGGCAAAGUAUAAUUGACUGUCUUGAAUAUAUAUUCCCUAGUGUGUUCAAAAGUUUCUUUGGCCUUGAUGGAAAUGAUAGUCUGUGAUUGAAUUAAACAAAAUAUUCUUAGAAGACACUCAAGUCUUUCAAAAAUUUAAGCCAAUCUAUUAAAAAGCGUUAGUAAGUCUCUAACCUGGAUUUAGACGAAUCCAGGAGUACCAUUCACUUUUUCAAUCAUGCCACUUUCUGUGGCAUUCAUCGGCGUGCACAAUUCAUUAUUCACUCUGUACCAGUGAAUGGAUGCAUAGUCUUUCCUGGAUAGGCAUACUAUUCAUUUACAAAAUACAAGAUCGCACAGUGAUUCUACGAUUUGGAAGGUAACAAAGUAAACUCUUUGUCAGAACCUAACAGGUUUGUUGCAAUAUGAAGGAUGAAUCCACACAUUAUCUGAUCUCUUAACAUAUAUUUGUGUGGAAAUGUGAAUCAGUAAGAGUCCAUCGGAAUAGCUUACUUGUGAUUUUUCAAAAAAGAAUAUGCCGUGCCCUGAGAGUUUGGCAGCUAUGAAGCUCUUGAAUUUAAAAUUAGAAAAUUAUUUUCUGAAGAAAAUAUGUGAUUCUUUUCUAAGCAUUGAAAUAUUGUUUUUAAACAUAUUAUAAAAGAUCAACGCCUGUGGUUAUUUUAAAUGGACAUAAUGUGUGAAACUCAAGAUCAAGAACAAUGAAAGCAAGGAUUUUGUGCUCAGUGAUGCAAAAAUGGUUGCGUAGGAUAGUGAGAUUACUUGCAUUUCCUGUCCGGAAUAUUUUGUGAUGGAUUAGUACAAAACCACAUUUUCCUAGAAUUGCUUGGUUGUUUUUCGUCUGUUUCUAUUUUUUUAUUCUAUUAAUUUAGUUACAUUAUUGUUUAAAGUUUAGUAAACAAGUUGUGGUUUUAAAAACCUGAAUGUUGGUAAAGCUUUUUUAUUUUUAUAGUUUAUUGUUGUUGUACAAAAAGACAAUGUUUUUAACAUCUCAGUUCGUUAUUGAUCUUCAUUUGCAUUGUCAUUUUUCAAUGAUCGUAAGCUGUCCUAUGAAUUGUCGUGGAACUCGAGGAUUUGGUCAUAUUCAGGAAAAACCAGAUUGAAAUGUUAUAUUUUUUCAAGUCUCAUUGGGUGUGAAAAAAGUACUUUAAUUUUCAAAGAUAUAUUUUUAGGAGUGGUGCUGAUAGUUUUUAUAAUCGUAAUGGUGUUGAAUAUUCAUCAAAGAAAUGAAAAUGGGCGGUUCUUGUCUAACAUACUCUUUUUCUUAUUUUUUCUUACUUACUUAAAAGUUUUGCAAUUUUAAAUUUCUACCAGAAAAGUUGAAAUAUAUUUUUAAAACUAAUUUUAGUCAUUGUUCUAGUCUGAAAAUAGCUUGCAAUUGAGAGAUUUCGAUACUUCUUGCAGAUUAAUAUGUUAUGUUUUAAAAACUGUUUACGACGCUACAGCAAUGAAAUAAAGAUAUAUACUUCAUAUUUGGUUUAUUUUGCAAGGCAUUAAUAGUUAGUGGCAAAUAUGUUUCUGAUCCUGAUACCUUAUUAUAAUUACUUAUUUUAAGAGAAACCAAUUCCUUAUUGCAUAAAAGUGCCAUAACUUUAAGAAAGUAAUUACAAUAAAAAUGAAACAAGCAAAAGCAAACAUAUAUUUUUUUAUUGCCGCUAAUUACUUAAAAUCAUCUUUAUGAAAACGUAUAUUUUGCUGUUGAGUUGUGAUUGAUUUUCAGCAUAAUGAAAACAUUAUUGGGAGACACAAUUUUUUUAUUCGUGGAAAUAAUGGAUGACAUAUUCCUGUGCACGUGUAUUCAUAUUGAGACAAACCUGAAUCAAGAGUUAAAAUGAUUUUGGGCAAAGGGCCUUCUCCAAAUUAAAAGCAUUUUCAAACUUUUUUUCCCUCAAGUAAAAUUUAAAAAAUGAUGGAAAUCAGUUAUUUUGGUUGCAUUUUGUUUUUACAUAAAGUUAUAAGCUUUUCAUAAAGAUAUCUACUAUAUUUGAUAUAUUUCCUGGAUAGGCUGUGCGAUUUUUAAGUGAAGAAAGAAUAUAUAACGCAGGAGAGAACUUUUUUCAGCCCCCUUCCAUCCCCCUCUUAAACAUUAUAAUAUUUCUUGAGGAUCUGAUAGAAAUGACACAAGUAUAUUGCAUUUCAACUAUAUAUUAGACACCAAAAAUUUAUUUUUUAACAAAAUUUCAAAGAAUUGACCGGUAUAUUAUGUUUUUUACACCUCUAAGUUACGAGAGUUAGGAACAUGUCGAUUGGUUUGUUCAAGAGAAAUAUUUCAAAGCGAAUUUAGUGUAACACUGCGCUUCAAAAAAUAUUUUCAGGUGUUGGAUGAAAUGUGAGCACUUGAAUGCAAUAUAUUCUUCACAUUUUACGGUAGUUUUAAAUGUUUCAGACGACAUUUAAUACCUAGUGUUCUACUUUUCUAUUGGUUUUAAAUACAUGUAAAUUUUUGUGUGAUAUUUGUCUGCAAGCUGCUCACUAAUAACUGUCCAUUCGGGUUCAGAAAGUGUGAUUUUUGUCUUAGAUCUAUAUUUCUUGCUUAACGUAUUUCUAACUUUAUUAACAGAGUUUCCCUUUAGCCACAUCAAAAAAGUUUUUAGGGUCUUCCUUCUGAAUUGAAAGUUAGUCAGAAUAUUUGUGAAAGGAAAUGAUAUUUUGGUUUCACGAGAAAAGAAAAAAAAAAAAAAAAAAAACGAGCGUAUUUGUAUAAAAAAAUAUGAUUUUUAUAUGAGAGCAAGGUAAGUUUAUUUUUAUUAAAUCACUCACAACGGAAGUCGCUUUUUAUUAUUUGUUUUUUUAUUCAAAAAAUGGAAUCAUCAAAGAUAUUUAUCAGAGAAAGGAAACAAAAACAUAUUUUACUUUUAAUGCAUAUUGUAUUAACGAAGAACAUAAUUUGAGGAUUUUUCUUGCGUAUUUUUCAAACAUCAUGUAUUGAAGAUGUAUUCAGUCUUACUUUCAGUAAAAGAGCCAAAUAUGUUUGAAAGUGUUAAAAAUAUAGCAAGUAUCAUAUUUUCAUAAAAUGAAAUUUUAAUGGAUUUGGUAUAUGUUAGUUCAUCUACCAGUAGUAAAGGUGUAAUAUAUGAGUGAUUUGAUCUUUUCAAGGAUGUAAAUACAUCUUCCUGAAAAAAAAAUUCUGUUGGCCAUGGGACGCUGACCUUCAGUAUUCGCAAAUGCAAUAAAAUUUGUAAUUAUACUUGUUAAUCGUUGUUGAAAAUUUAUAGAUCAAAAUAUUGAACAUAGUUUACCUUUAGUUUAAUGGCUAAUGUCCCCAGUUUAAAAUGAAAACAGUAUGCAAGAGUUUGCAAAAAUUUAUUGAAAGUUCCACUUGCUCAAUGAAUAUUUUACGUGCAGAAAAGUGGACUAUAAUUGCUCCGAGAACGACACAGGAAAAAAAAAACACACGUCUUUGAACCAAAAAAUUAUUUAUAUAUAUUUCCAUUCCAAUUGUUUUAGUUAAAGUUACAUUCUACUGUUUUGUUCAUCCUAUACUCAAAUGUGCUUUUUUGGUCUAAAAUAAAACUUUUACGUCAAGUACUUAAUUUCUUUGAAACAAGUUGUGGUUCAAAGACAGUUGCCAAAUGCCGAAAGAAGUACUUAAAACUAAACUCUAGUAUUCCAUAGACUAAGCUAGAAUAAAGUAUAUUUAAAACAAAUUUCUUUUCCCUGAUUAAGUACUUACACUACUGCACGUUAAGGCCCGAGUUUUAAUAUUUAGCCGUUUCUCAUAUUAUAAACUUACCGGCGGGUAUAUUUUCUUACUCAAUCUGGUGUAUGUUGUGUUAGUAAAUAAAUAUAUAUAAAUAUAUAUUAUAUAUCAUUGUGUGUAAAAAUGUUGGAAAAUGUUAUGAGAGAAAAUUAUAUAUUUCAAUAUUCUUUUUAAAUAAUAUAAAACGAAGAAGAAAUUACCGAGAUGAAAUGGAAUUUUAUAUUUUCUACUCAAAGUUGUCAUGCUAUUAGCUUACUUUUAUAUGUAAAGGUACAAAAAAUAUGAAGUACAACGGUGGAACACUGGGUUGAGUAUUUAUCGUAAGAAGUUUUUUCAUAAAGUGAUUUGUAACAUAGAAAUUUCAUUCUGUGUGAUCAUAUAUUGUAAGGCUGCGUGAUAUUAACGAUAUUCUCACCUAUGUCCGGGGUAGUUUUAUUGAGAGACACAAUUCUUAAACAGUACAUAAUGAAUUUUCAUGCAUGCGGAUUACUCCUACAUGCAUGAAUUAAUAAUGCUAUGCAGAUUCUAAAAACUAAAAGUUUUUCUAUGUCAUUUAAAUGUGAUGUGUUGCUGUUUUGUCGUAUUUUCCGACAUUUGUUAAUUGUGAUUGAAACGGAAUUUAUUAGAUUAAUAAUUAUUGCCCUGCAUAUUUUAGACUUUGUAUACAAAGCAUUUGAAAUAAUAUUUUCUCCCAAGCAUACAUUUAUGUAUAGAUAAAUAGUUCAUAUUAAAUUUAUCGGUAUUUUUAGAAGAAAAAAAAAACAUUUGUGCUUCGAGAAGUACAUUACAAAUAGUUUUAUAUGUUACUAUCUAAAUUUUUGAACUGUAGAUAUUUUUCAAAUAAUGUUGUACUUUCAUGUAUUUCCUUAUACUGUAUUUUUAAGUAUUAUGAUUAUUUUAACAAUAGCUGUGAAAUAAUCUUAUAAACUUCUGCAUAAUUGAUAUCUGUAGUUUACUCAAUAUGCAAUUCAGUUAGAACCAAAAAUAUACAGCGUAAAACUACUUCUUCGGUAGGAAAUAUUAAUUUUAAAUUCAUCUUUUAAAAGUUUAAAAUAAUGUUUCCUUCAAUGAAUGUGAAUAUAUAAUAUAUUUUAUUACUACAUGCUUCUUGUUAAAAAUAUGACUGAACAUAAAACGGAAUCCAAGCUCAUAGUUUCAGUCUUUACAAAGACGUUUUUAAAACCUGCGUUUCACGUUUUACAUUUAUUAUUUGUCACUUUCUGCUAAAUAUGAAUUUUCAUCUUUUUAAUCCUUCCUUCCUUCAAUACUUUUCGAUAGAGAAGAACUACAAAAUUUUUAAGCCUUUCGUACCUCUGCUCUUGUGAUCUUAAAAAAAGGGUUUAUGAUAAUUUUUCAUUUCAUUUCCUUUUAUUACGAGCAAUGUCACUAUUCAUCCAGUGUUCAUGUCAUUUUGGAAUUUUUGUAGCAAUUUGUUGUUGCUGCUAUUUUGAUGAAUAUGGUAAUCUUUGUAGCAUUUUGCCAAUGCAGAUUUAUAAUUAUUGUUCCACGUGUGUUCGUUCCUCUAAUGUGAUGUGCACAUAUAAUAAUAUCUAUAGUCGUAAGAUUUUCAUACGUUCUUAUAUUUUUAAGUUUGUAAUAAACGUUUGAGCAUUAUUUCUAUAAA